UAUUAACCACUAUGUUUUCAGAGAUGUUCCGCACCAAAAACAAUACGCAUGAUAAUUUUCCUCAACUUUCAACCAAUAUCAUUAUUCUCUAUAAAAUCAUAUCAUAUACUCAUUUAUGUUCUAUCGAUUUCUAUUCUCAUUUUCACCAUGAACAUGGACACCACCGGCAAGACUGAGAUUAUUUCAUCUUCUUCUUCUUCUUCUUCUUCCUCCUCAAGAUGGAACCCUACUAAAGAACAAAUAAGUGUGUUGGAGAAUUUGUAUAAGCAAGGAAUAAAGACACCAAGUGCUGAGGAAAUUCAACAGAUUACAGCUAGACUUAGAGUGUAUGGUCACAUCGAAGGGAAGAAUGUUUUCUACUGGUUUCAGAAUCAUAAAGCUAGACAGAGACAGAAACAGAAACAAGAAACUAUUGCUUAUUUCAAUCGUUUUCUUCAUAGACCACAACCCAUUUACACUUCUCCUAAUGCUCUCUGCACACCAUAUUGUGUACCUCAAGCACAAAGUGAAAUAAGCUAUUACCCUAAAAACCAAAAAGUGCUUCUACCUGCUGCAGCAGUAAGUUACAGAAGGAACCAAUCUGAGAAAGUAAUGUCAAAUGGCAUGUCAAACAUAUGCAAUAAUCCAAUGGUAUAUGAAGGCAUGCAAAUGCAACAGAGAAUGUGCCAUGAUUAUCAUGAAUUCAGUUACAGUAACCAAGAAACGUUGGAUCUAUUUCCACUGCACCCAACUGGAAUCUUGGAAGGGAAAACAACAACAGAGCAUGUUUCAGUUUCUGCUGAUGAUAGUUCUUCUGAUACACAUCAUUCUGGUUCUCCUGAUAUCAUUCAAGAUCAUGAUAACCAACCUUUCUUUGACUUUUUUAAUAAUUCUGGAAAAAGUUGUUGAUGUUACUCUGUCCUAAAGUACAAACAUAUGCAAUGAAACUUUGAGUUCCACAUUUUGUUAA